AUGAACGCCUCGAAUGGAGAUCUUUUCCACGGCUCCGGGAGCGCAGACGACGUAAACCACUACCAGCUAGCACCGAAGUCCUUUUCCGGUGUAACCUACGAUCGCUUCUACGCCCCCCCUCCCUCCGGGUCCGCCGACACCACCGGCGUCCCCGGUUACUCGUACCAGUCUACCGCGCCAGGACGCAUGGACAACUCAAAUUUCCUCCUCCCCGAGCAUCCGGCUGGGGCGCCGAGGUCACAGCCCCCAUCGGCAACCAGCUCAAUCGCACCCGACUCACCCGCCACGCCGGCGGGGGGCGAGCUCGACGGGGACAGGAGUGGUGGUACUGUCCACCCUCCUGUCCCUAAGCUCGAACGCACCACAACGGAUGCGUACGCAGACGAGCUCUACAACGAAAACUUCGCCGCCAUGUCGCAGUCAUCGGCCCAGACGUCGAUAUCACCCACGAGCGAUCUCUUCAGCCAACGACUACAGGCCGCCAACAACCAGCGUUUCUCAGCGGCAACGAACUCGCCCGUCUCGUCGAUAUCCCGCGACCGGUCGCCGUUCCGCACCGGGUCGCCCAUGGCUGCGAUUCCCGUAAGUGACUACCGCUCUGCGAUGGGGUUGCAUACGCGUUUUGGGACGGCGCAGCAGUCGCGGGAUCAGAGCAGAGCCAUGCACAACGCCCAGGCAGUGCGUCAGCAAAUCGGAAUGGCCACGCCCCAGACCAUCUCGCCCAAGGAUGCCAUGCUCGAGUACCGCGAUACCGAGGGUGACAACAACUUCCCGCUGUUCCCUCAGCGGAAUACCACCGGUUUUGACGCAAACGCAAUCAACAAGGCGGCUGCCGCGCACAGCCAACAAUUGUUCGGCAGCAUGUCCAUGGACCCGGUCAACGACUACCUCAUCACGAGCGUACCAACACCGCAGUUUCCGUUUACGAACCAGCCGCAAAGCACGAUGCAUUCGACUGGCAACCCGUCAAGGGCGACGACGGUGGAUACGGGGGCGAGCGAGCACGGCGUCGCCCCCCAACGACCGGCGGAUACCCGCGCAGACGGCGGUACUUAUACGUGCACGUACCACGGCUGCACGCAGCGCUUCAAGACGCCAGCAAUCCUGCAAAAGCACAAGAGGGAAGGCCACCGGCAGGCUCACGGCCUCAGCGGUUCGGGCACGGCAUUGGGCCUGGUCGACACGCAGGCCGGGCCGCACAAAUGCGACCGCAUCAACCCGAGCACCGGGAAGCCAUGCAACACCGUCUUUUCAAGGCCGUACGAUCUUACCAGGCACGAACACACAAUCCACAAUGCCGAAAAGCAGAAAGUCCGUUGCCAUAUCUGCUCCGACGAAAAGACAUUCAGCAGGGCCGACGCACUCACUCGGCACUAUCGCGUGACUCACGGCGACGUUGAGAUCCCCGGCAAGCACCGCAAGCGUGGAGGCCAAGCCUAA